AUGAAAGCGGUACCAACUAACUCCAGGGUGGGGCUGACUUCGAGUCAGGGCCCUCCGGGCGUCUUGCGGUUGGCACGGAUAGUACGCUACGUGCGCGCGCACUUUCUUAUUGGAUCAGGACAUAUUAUUGACAUAUAUCUGGGUGACUUUGCUGUUCGUUUUCGAAGUGCUCUGCCUAAAAUUGUCUUGGAGAGCCUUCGGACCUUCCCGAGAAGGCAUGGGAUCCGCGGGAUACGUCUCCCUGAACGGCCGUCUCCUUUGGGGUUGGGGAGGGCUCCAUCAUACGCCUACAUACGUUGUUUUCAUCAACCCCAAACCAAACAGGCGCGGAUGGACGAUCUAGAGGAUGACGAGGCAUUCACGGUGUCUCCGAAGGAGCUAUUGGUGUCGUCCGUGGGUGGCAAGGUCGUCGGUAACAUCUUUAUCAAGGACAACCGUUCCGGCUCUAUUUCCGUGUGGGAUAAGGGCAAGCGGAAGCCAGCACCCAACUUCUUCUUCUGUUCGCCAUGCAAGCAUGGUGCGGUCCCGAUGAGUGCACCAACCGCCAUCACCGAAGCAGAGGAUGUGCCACCCCGCAUCAAGUCGCGUGGUGCUACUGUGCGAGAUGUCAGCUGUGCCUGGCCACCUGACAUGCGCAUGCAUCUGUAUGGCAUGUCGGAUGAGGUGGAGGAGGAGGAGUAUCAGCACCUCUACAGCCAGUUUCAGCACAGGUGCACACGUCGGCGAGAGCAGCAGCCCAAUGCCUUAGACAAUGGGCACCGUGUCUCACCGCGCACUUCACCCACUCCUGCACCUGGAGUGCGCACUGUUGGUCCCAACAUGGAUCCGGAGGCACAGCACAUCGUCAGCCCCGAUGCGGGCCCAUGUACGGGCUACAUCCAAGGGCAGCAAGCCGCCAAUCCCAAUGUUGGACAUCGCAUCGGUGGCGCUGGCAUCACAGGCCUGCCGCCACGGGGACCCCCCUCUCUCCAGGAUGAUGCCGCCCGGGGACGCAUGCCAUCUGGUGGUGUGUGGGACUUGGGCGAGAUUGACACCACGGGUGGCCAGGGGCCCAUGGUGUCGUGGAAGUGCAGGCGGUGUCAGAACAGACAUAGCAUCAUUAGGUGCUGUGCGUGUGGGUCCUUUGCGAGGCCACAGCUGACAGAGGGUGGAGGGAAGUGUUACACAUGUGAGCAGUGUGACGACUACGACUUUGGAUUCCAGUCAGCAGAGAUGGCACUUCUUUUAAGGGCAGAGCAGGUUGUCCAGGGUAGUGGUUCACAGUUUCGACAGAUGGCCAACUCACUGCUGGAUAUUCAAGAGAGGCGCCUAUAUAGCUGCCUGGGAUUUGGGUCGUUCGUGCAGUAUGUGUCUGAAUCGGGACGAAUAGAUAUUGCACCGAGAUAUGCACAGGCUUUGGUAGCGGCUGCUCAUUUUUUGCGGUUGCUUUCUGCCACAGACGUUGUGCCUAACAGUGAGUGCCAGGUACGUCCACUUACAGCUCUGCCACCUUGUGAUGCGCUAGGGGCAUGGCGCCUUGCUGUGGCACACUCUGUAGCCGAGUCACGACUCCUGAGUGGGCGGCUCGUUGAGCAAUGUGCAUUGGAGGUCACAGGCAGGACUGGCAGCGACAACAGCAGCAGCGACAUGGAUAUCAGCGAUAGCGAGUUUGGUGAGGGAGUCAAUAUGGUUCAAAGUGGAGGGGGUGGGAAUGUGCGCCUGUUUCUCUCCAGUGAGAGUCUGGAGUGGUUCACCCCACUGAGUAUCAUAGAGCUGGUGCGCGAGGUGUUCACUCCUGGCAGGAUCAACCUGGACCCAUGCUCGUCCGCGGCUGCUAACACACGUGUUGGGGCGACAGUGUAUUACGAUAUGGAAUCUGAUGGUCUGUUGGAGUGCAACACGUGGAUGGGCAAUGUGUUUGUCAACCUGCCUUUUGGGGUGCACGGUGGUGCAAGCUAUCAGAGCCUGUUUUUCCAGAGAUGCGCAACAGAGUACACGGCUGGUCGCAUUCACCAAGCAGUACUGCUGCUGAAAGCUGCUCUGUGUUUGUUCUCCGGUGACGCUAGCGCUCUCACGAACUUCAUCUGCGUGCUCCCUUGCUCCGGUGACACUAGCACUUUCACGAAUUUCAUUUGCUCCCUGGCUUGGUCCGGCGACUCUAGUGCUCUCACGACUUUCAUUUGCUCGCUCGCUUGCUCCGGUGGUGCUAGCACGCUCAGGGAAAACUGGAGCAUCAACCACUACCACGAGCUGCGCCCGCUACUAUUAUUACAGCUGCUGCAGCUGUCGCCAAGCCAGCAGCACAUGCAGCUCUGGAUCCUUCAGCUUCGGCGUGUCGGUCGCUGCUGCGCAGUUAUUCUCGCGGGAUGGGUUGCCGUUUACAUUCGCAAAGCUAACAAAGGACCUUUGAAGGCGGUGCACCGGCUCCACGUGCAUGCACUACAAGGAGAGCCAUUCACACAUUCGAUUUGA